CCGAGAGAGGAGGUUUCGGUGGGGGCGACUGAGAGGGAAAGGGAGAUUUCCGGUUGUGGGAGAGUCGAGUUUGGAGAAGGGGAAAAGUCAAGAGAGUGAGUGAGAAAUUUCCUUUUUUUUUUUUAUUUAGAUAUUAAUAAAUAAAAUGGACUGUUUUUUUUGUUUUUGUUUUUAAAUGUCAUUUUAUAUGAAAUAUUUAAAAUUUUUUAAAAUAAAUAAAUUAUAUUUUUUGAAUGAGUGAUUCAUUUAUGACCCGUUUAUUAAAUGAGCGGAUUUGAGUUUACAUAUUAAUCACCCGUUAAUAAACGGGUCAAACCGAACCCAAACCUAUUUAGUCCCGACUCGUUUAUGACUCACCCGAACUUGACUCGUUAAUCCAUUUUACUACCCCUAAGCCCAAUUGGGCUCAAUUUGGAAAUUCAGGCCCACAAUGGGCUUAUGCUCAACCCAAGUCCAAUUCCCCCAAGACCUACUUGGGUUCAUUUUUUUUUCCCCUCUGCUCUAGCCCAUUCUCUCACCUCUCCCCUUGUAGCCACAAAAACCAACAACCUUUGAGGACAUUGCUUUCCCCCUAUACUUCCCUUUUGUGGCUCCAACAAACUCCGAAGCUAAUCAAGCUCCUUCCCCACUUCCUUUUGGUCUAAAUAGAGAAGACCUAAGGGAGGAAGGGAGAGGCCCUAGAGAGACCAUUUCGUUAAGAAAUAGAGAUAUAAGAGUGGGAGAAGUCUGCUAAGGCAGAGAGGAAGAACAAAGGAAGGAGAAGAAGCAACAUCGAAGGAAAACGAGAAAGCGACUAGAGGAAAAUUGCAUUCAAAAGCGACCUUUUGAGCGUGCUCUCCUUGAUAUAUUGGGAGUAUAAAAUAGAAAACAAUAAUGGGAUCUUCUGUGAUCACUCCUGAGGAUGUUUUGGAGACAUUGAUGAAUGAUGGUACAAUAGAUGCUAUUAGAUUGAAGAUUAUCAAUCAGCUUAAAGCUAAUGAGGAGCUAAAGAAAACCACAAUAACGAUGGUAGAACAGAGUAAGGUCCUCAACACCCCUGGUGCAGAGAAACAGACCAAAAGGGAGCUGUUUGAUGCACUUCGCCAGGAGCUUGAAGCUCCAGUGCUUGAGAAGGCAUCCAAAUCAGUUUGGGAGUUGAUUUUGGACAGUGAUGGUUUGGGGAAAGAAAUCAGUGAAACUGUUGAGAGAGUAUUCUGUUGUUUAAGUGGUCAAGAACCUCCUCUAUUUCCUUCAGCUUCAAAUUGUGAAGCUCAAACAGAGAAAGAGAAGGAAAAGGAGACUCCGAGUUCUUCAUCACAGAAGCGAAGUUUCAGUGAGACGAGCAUUAACGGUGGGGAUGAAGUCUCGGAAGUGCCUGGUGAUCCAGCUGCUGUACCUGUAGAUUCCAACCCAGUGUCAUCUUCCAACGCAAAAAAAGUAAAAAACCUGAUCCUCUGAUUGACGACUCCCUUUAUUGCUUACCGGCUUAUAAUUUUCCCUUUACUUUUCAUUGGGGCUGAGAUUAGUAAAAUCUUUUAGGAUACAAUUUGAGAAGUGAAGCCCAUGCAGUUUCUCUUUUAUUGUGUAGCCUCCUCUGGGACUGCUUAUGUAUUUCAAAGGCAAAACAUUGUACAUAAUCAUUUGCAAUUAACCAACUUAAUCUUUUGCAAUUAGCCUUUAUAUUAAAUGUCAUACAUGGAGGCUUUGACCUUCUACUUAUUAA